UCCAUUUUUUUUUGUUUGUUUCAGACCUGAAGGCCUUUGAGAGAAGAUUGACAGAGUAUGUCUCCUGUUUGCAACCUGCAACAGGCAGGUGGAGAAUGAUUCUAAUAGUGGUGUCUGUUUGUACGGCUACUGGGGCUUGGAACUGGUUAAUAGACCCGGACACACAGAAGAAAGUCACUGCUGCAAUCCUGGAAAUCUUAAAAGGUUCCUACAUUGGAAAUGUGGCUAAGGGAGCAAGGGAAUGUGUUCCUCCUGCAGAAACUAAGGUCUCUUUCUUUUCAUCUCUGUGGAAUCAUCCCUUCUUCACCAUCAGCUGUAUCACUCUUAUAGCGCUCUUCUUUGCUGGGAUACACAAACGAGUUGUGGCACCAUCAAUUAUUGCUGCCCGCUGUCGAACAGUUUUAGCAGAAUACAACAUGUCCUGUGACGACACGGGGAAACUUAUUCUCAAGCCUCGACCGAACAUCCAGUGACCCCACGCUUGAGUGGGGCGGUCGGAUGUACCUGUGUCUUUGCUGAUAGCCACUGAUCACUCUCGAGUCCUUUGGCUGGUCCGAUCAGCACCGAGGCAGACGUUGUCGUCAUAGUGGAAAUGCAUUUGGGAGAAAGAAGAAAUGAACUAAGUCUUUUAAUUGUGUCACUGUGCUGAUGUCAUGAUUGAAGACGAGAGCUCAGAUUUGUUUAUUUCUGUUUCUGAUUUUGAGCAUGUAUUUUAAUGAAAUGUUUCUAUUUUUUAAAAUAAUUUACCUAAUAAAUACAUGAGUUGUAAAAA